AAUUCACAACAAAAGGUUAUCACGUAAAGACUAGUUUAGCAAUAACAAUUCUAAAUGACCUUGUUGUUGUUUUGAUGGCGACAAGAGAGGAGAUGGUCGUCCUCCCCGCCCUCACACCUUUACUAUGAAUUUUAGGAAGAUGGAAUUCAGAUGAUGACAUGUCAUCCGACACAAGAGAGAUGGCAUAGUGUUAAAUACUGGUGAAAAUCACUGAGUUAGCAUUGCUCCAAUUAGUGCAAAAAAAACUUAUAGUCAAAUAAUUGAAGGAAAUGUGCAUCAGAAAAGCAUAUUACAAUUUGUUUUUUUAAAUCUGAUGACCUAGGAAAUGCUCACCAAAAAAAACAGUAACAGUAGCCAACAGUCAGUGCAGCUAAAGAAACUGUGACAAGAAUGUUGCAGCAAGACUAAAGUUCUCACAUGACACACACAUGUACUACAACAUUUUAGUGUCUAUUUCUUGUUUUUCUCAUUUGAAUAGACAUGGUGCCCAAUCUCUCAUUAAGCUACAAAAGUUCAUGCUUUGAUUUAGUUUUAUAUAAAGAAGGCAGUACAUAGUAAUUAUACUUUUUACAUUUCUCACUUAUCAAAUACUCAUAUGUAAAAUCUUCUUGGAUGUCACAAUAGUUGUUAUGAAACACAAAAGCACCAUACAAGCCUACAUCCUAUCCCACAUCUCAGACCACAUUAUAAUUACUCUGAACUAACCUGCUGCACCACAAGGGAAGACCAGGGGUAGUUGUCAUUCCACCAAGCUCAUUCAUUUUGUGUGAAGAGGAGAACUGUCUGUGCCUGGAGUGCAGCUAUGGCUCUCAGUGCUGAGUAUCAGUGGGCAUACUCCAUUGUGGACUCCUCCCGAGUCUCCACCUUCCUCAUCUCCAUCCUCCUCAUUGUGUAUGGCAGUUUCAGAUCUCUUAAUCUGGAACAGGAGGCAAGAGAAAGGGAAUCAGAGAAAGAAAGAAAUAAGCUACUGGGAAUAGCCACACCUGGUUCUUCAAGUGACAAUAAUGUACAAACUCUGGACACUAUGCAAGCACUGUGUCUGCCUCUUGGGGCUUCUGUGUCCCUGCUUAUCAUGUUCUUCUUCUUCGACUCCAUGCAGAUGUUGUUUGCUGUGUGCACCGCAAUUAUAGCCACAGUAGCACUGGCCUUCCUGUUGCUUCCAAUGUGUCAGUACAUCAGCCGCCCUUGCUCAGAUAACAAAAAAAUAUCAUUUGGAAUGUGUGGGAGAUUCACUGGAGCAGAAAUAAUGGCUUUCUGUCUCUCCGUGUCCAUCGUUUGCAUCUGGGUAAUGACUGGUCACUGGCUUCUCAUGGACGCAAUGGGAAUGGGCCUAUGUGUGGCAUUCAUUGCAUUUGUGCGCCUUCCCAGCCUGAAAGUGUCGACACUGCUUCUAACUGGUCUACUGGUGUAUGAUGUGUUUUGGGUUUUCUUUUCAUCAUAUCUCUUCAAUGCCAAUGUCAUGGUCAAGGUUGCCACCCGACCAGCAGACAACCCUGUGGGUGUAAUGGCACGCAAGUUACAUCUGGGUAGUAUGGGCCGUGAGGCUCCUAAGCUUUCCCUCCCAGGAAAACUGGUCUUCCCUUCCAUGCACAACAAUGGACAUUUCUCAAUGUUGGGCUUGGGCGACAUUGUGAUGCCAGGCCUUCUGCUGUGUUUUGUUCUCCGAUAUGAUGCCUAUAAGAAGGCUCAGCUCCUUUCUGCUGAGGCUGGGGUACCUCCACCUUCUAAUUUGGGCAAAAUAAGUUACUUCCAUUGCUCCCUGAUCGGCUAUUUCUUGGGCCUGUUGACAGCCACUGUGUCAUCAGAAGUAUUCAAGGCCGCACAACCUGCUCUCCUGUACUUAGUGCCCUUCACUCUCCUUCCUCUGCUCACUAUGGCUUACCUCAAGGGUGACCUUCGAAGAAUGUGGAGCGAGCCUUUCAUCAUCCAGACCCAGAGCAAGAACCUUGAUGUGUGACUGUGGGUGAGAUUUAGUUGUGUAACUGUGAAUGUGAGAUUAUUGUGUCCGUGAACAUUAAUAGAAACCCUUAAAUGUGCAUCAUAGAAAACUGAAAACCUCUAUAAUUUUCAUCUAAUGUACAGAUAAUACAAACUGGUGAACAGUGAGAGGAACAUAUGAUGUACAUGAGCUUUGAUAUGCUGCCACAUGACUUGCUGUGUCAAGAAACAAAAGCUUUGGAAUUCAAUUUUGUACAUAGCUUGUAGCAUAGUAAUGAAGAAAAUGAACAUAUUCAAGAAGCAUGAGUGUUGAAUACAUUGGUAUGAUAAUGUUAUGUUCAGACAUUUCAGAACAAUGCAGCAUAUUUGUUUUAUAUACAGUGCUGAUAUAAUAAAAUGUUUAAUGCUAUAAUGCAGCUGAGUUAGUGUUGCUAUGUGACAAGAUUUAAUUUUGUAUAUGUCAGACUUUUGUCUUGAUUCUUAACAGUAGAGAAUGUACAUAUUCUAUAUUUUUUAUUUACAUACAUUUUUAUGAGAGGACCUGAAAAAAAAUGUGUACCUUUGUGACCUCUGUAAUGAUGCCAGCAGGCAGGUUGUGGCUUGCCUUGUGUGGGAAGUUCAGUGAAGUGUCUACAGGGUUAUUAAUGUUCAUGUCACUGAUGCUGCCAUUUCCCAAUUUUAUUGACUGAAAUGUUUCAAGCACGUUACUGUACUAUAAAGUAUUUUGUAGUCAUGAAGAUGAUUAAUGUUUCAAAAUGAUGAUACAAGGAAUUCUCACUUGUGAUGUGCAGUGUAUUCUAUUACUGCAGUUGAGUCAGUUAUAUGAAAAGUGAAGCAUAGAAUUAAGUAGGUGAUACUUAAUGCCCGGUACAAUCUUGAAGAUAGGCCUAACAUGCAAAAGAAAUAUUAGCUUCAUUGUCUUCAACACGUACAGGUGAAAAUGACAAUGUGUAUACAGUAAAGGCAGUCACAAAGUACAACAUAACACCUGGA